CUUCAGCUUGUGCUUCUACUGGAGGCUGCCAUAUUACUUUCAUUUUAUGGCAUCUCAACCUUGCGCGCUGUGAUUGGUUGAGGGCUGAACAUACCACUUUUUUAUUUGUAGAGUAAAGAGGUCAGUAUUUCGACCUAGCUAACAAAAAUAUUGGGCAUGACAGUCAACGUAAGAACUUGCGAUUUGUUUUAAGCAAGGUUAGCCACGUUUAUAUCAAAUAGUGUAUCGGUACGUUUCAUAGCGAUUGGCUGUUAUGCUGUGCAGGUGGCUGAAUAAGAAACGUUACCCGUAGCAUUAUCGUAAACAUAGAAAGCUAACUUAUUCGCUGCAAACUGCAAAUUGUGUCUCGAGGAAGAGACUAAAUUAAGCUGGCUAACUAGGCUGCAAGGUAACCAGACAUCAGUGUAGCUAGAAAUGAAGCAACCAAAUGUGUUGCAUUGAGCGAGCGUGAAGUGAAUGGAAUUGUUGCGACUGUAAGUGUACAUGCUUUUUUUGUGUCAGUUUUGAAAGCUACACUGAAAAGUAACAUACAGAAGGUAACUUGGCAAAGCUUGCUAGCUGGCUGCAACUUACCCGUAUCAACGUGCAUUUCGAUUGAUAUAUUUGGUUGCAGCCCGGGUACAAAUAACGUUAUAAUGAUAACGUUGCAUAGGAUCAGGAUAGUGGCUUGUAGUCGGUGGUUGUGUACAUCUCACAGUAAACCGCUGGGACUUAAUAUAUCGGUUUCUGGAGAGACGGGGCACGGUAGCGUCUCUUUCAGAAAGCUGAGCACCUCCGCAAACCGCCGCACAAUCAUGCCUGCCUGGGUUAUCGAUAAGUACGGAGGCAACGAAGUACUUAGAUUCACAAAAAAUGCAAGUUUCCCCAUUAUCCACUACCCGAACGAGGUCAUAGUCAAAGUCCAUGCUGCAGGUCUCAACCCAAUUGACAUCAGCAUGAGAGGCGGGUAUGGAGCCGCCACUCUGGCAAUGAGGCGUGACCCCCUGAACAUCAAUCAAGCCGGAAACGAGUUCCCGUUGAUCCUCGGCCGCGACGUGUCCGGGGUGAUCAUGGAGUGCGGCCUGGACGUGAUCUACUUCAAGCCAGGAGACGAGGUGUGGGCAGCCAUUCCUCCGUGGAAGCGGGGCAGUCUGGCGGAGUUUGUGGUGUUGAGCGGGAACGAGGUGUCCCACAAGCCCAAAUCGCUGAGUCACUCUGAAGCUGCGGCCAUCCCCUAUGUGGCCUCCACAGCCUGGUCGGUCCUGGUCAACACGGGCGGCAUAACCAAGGACAACUGUGCCCGGAAACGCAUGCUGAUUAUCGGUGCCUCAGGGGGAGUGGGAACGUUUGCUAUCCAGAUGUUGAAAGCUUGGGGCGCCCACGUGACCGUGACCUGCUCCCAGAAUGCCGAGGGGCUGGUCAGGGGGCUGGGCGCGGAUCAUGUGAUCGACUACACGACGGACGACGUGCCAGAGCAGCUGAAGUCUCUAGAAAAGUUUGAUUUGAUCCUGGAUAAUGUGGGCGGGGCCACAGAGAACUGGGCUCUGGACUUCCUGAAGCCCUGGGCCGGUGCCAAGUACAUAACCUUGGUGACGCCCUUCCUGCUGAACACAGACCGGCUGGGCGUGGCCGAUGGCAUGAUGCAGAAUGGGGUGACCCUUGGCAGGAAGACCCUGAAGUACAUGUGUAAAGGGGUACACUACCGUUGGGGUUUUUUCUCUCCAAGCGGCCCCAGUCUGGAUGAAAUCAGUGAAAUGGUGGACGCAGGACAGGUCCGUCCCGUGGUGGAGGGGCAGUUCUCCUUCCCCCAGGUGCCCCAGGCCUUCCAGAGGCUGGAGGAGGGCCACGCCCGUGGCAAGACCGUCGUCAACGUCGUCGCGGGCGACGAGGGCGCCGAGUAACCACGGCAACGGCCUGGCAAACGGAGGGGUUUCCCGAUUGACCCAAUAAACACUCCGGGGCUGAAAGAGAACGCUACGGCGCCUGGCUGGCAGGGUCCACUGGACCGACGAUGACGACCUUUGACCCCCUGCUGGCGGGAAACUGCGAGUCACUUCUCUGUUACUGUGUCUCACGCUCUUAUCGGUGUUCAAGGUGUGGUGGAGAUGUGUUAAAUAAAACUAACGGA